GGACAAUCACACGGGCUUGUCUCGAAUCUCCCGCCCCAUUCGUCCUUAACGCAGCAACGGUCAUGGCGUCCCCACAAACGUGCCCGCUCAACUUCAUCGUUAUUGGCGGCAGUAUAGCGGGUCUCGUCUCUGCAUACCAGCUCGCGCAGAAUGGCCACAAAGUCCUGAUCCUGGAAAAGGAUCCCCCGAGCGCCUCCCGCGGCGGGUUACGUCUUCCCCCAAAUGCGACGCGUCUGCUCGAGACGAUGCCCGGCGUGCGGGAGCUUCUGCGAAGCAAGGGCACGAUUUGUAGAGACCUUACGAUUGUCGAAGGGACCUCGUUCCACGUCCUCGGGCGCCUCUCAUACGAUCCCCAAUGCGUUACCGACCUCCUGGGCAACUUCUGGACGAUACCUUACGACACCCUUCACGAUCAUCUGACCCAGAUCUGCAGGCUCGCGGGCGUGCACAUCGUGUACAACGUACAGGUCGCGUCUGUCAUCCCGGGCGACCGCCCCGUGGUCGUCAGCGCUGCCGGCCAGUCCUUCUCCGCUGACAUCGUCGUGGGCGCGGAUGGCCGCUUCAGCGUUACGCGCGCCUACGUCAAUCAGGACCCAGAACCCAUCUACGCGGACGACGAGGACAUGGAGGAGGAUGAGGACGACGGCGCGAGCCUGUACAGCGCGUACAGGCCCAGGUCUUCAUUUCCCACAAUACACGCGACGAGGGGGUGGACUUUCUGUAUAUCACGAGAACGGAUGCGAAGCGAUCCCAUCCUGGACCCUCUCUGGCAGAACAAUCUGAUCGGCUGGCCAGGGACUGGCAUGGUUGUUUUGGGACAUCCAUGCGGUCCGGAUGCCUUCAUCAUGACUGCAGUUCGGAUAUGUGAUCCCAGCGAACCUCUCGUCGACGGGCACUUUCAGCUGAAUCAGCCGUACGAGGACUUCACCGAUUACUUCAAGCAGUUCGACCCGCGCUUGCGGCGGCUGGCGAAGAUGGCGCACACCGUGCACACCACAACGCAGACUGUUCCGCGCUUCACGCGCUUUGCGGAUCGCAACUCGCGCGUGGUGCUCAUCGGCGACGCGGCGCACGGCUCGCCGAUCCACUGCACGCACCAUUGCGCCCUCGCCAUCGAAGACGCCUUCACCCUCGCGCGCAUCUUCGCGCACAUCACCGCCCGCGCGCACAUCCCGCUCUUCCUCCACGGCUACAACCAGUCGCGCAUGGCGCGCGUCGCCGCCGUAGAGGCCUCCGAGUUCGAGUCGAUCCACCAGGUCAUGCUCCCGCCGGGCCCGCAGCGCGAGAGCCGGGACGCGAGCCUCGCGGCGACGCUGCUGAUCGACGAGGACGAGCAGAUGAUGAGCGACGAGGACUUCGCGGCGGCGUGGCACACGUAUGCGCGGCAGCUCGACUUCGAUGCGGUGGAGGCGGCGGAGGGGUGGUGGCUGAACUACGGGCGGUACGCGCUGGAGCAGGAGUAUGGGGUGCCGGUGGUGGAGGGUGUCAAUGGGGUGCCGGUGGAGAAUGUGGCGGGCGGCGACGCUGGAUCGAACGAGGCGCAGGCGAGGGUUGUCGCACAACUAGCCUAGGUGCUUACUGACCCUCCCUUGCAGCGUACUUGACGGAAGCGAGAACUCUGAUGCUUUGUGAACGUGCGGGCGGGAAGCUGUACUUUCCGU